AUGGCAUCUACAUCUCAAAAUUCCGUGUUUGAAGCAGUGCCAGCUGUUCAGUCCACAGGUGACAUGGACAAGAAAAACCCUGAUUCUCCGACCGUCUUUGCCCCCGAUGACUCGACCUCUUCUGUGAGGCGCGGUAGUAUUGAGCAACCCUAUAGGACAUACAAGAUCCGUUGGUUCGGGCUAGUAGUGCUGACAUUGCUCAACGUCAUGGUUAGCUGGUCGUGGCUCACGUUCGCGCCUGUCACUUCCUCCACCGCCGAGUUCUACAGAGUAGACGAAACAAUGAUGAACUGGCUAAGCAGUAUCUUUGUCUUUGCAAACUUCGCCAUGACUCUCGUAACUAUCAAGCUUCUCGACUGGGGUCUUCGUCCAAGUCUCAUCAGCGGCAGCGCACUUCUCCUAAUCGGCAACUGGGUUCGUUAUGCUGGAUCCUACUCCUCCGAUGGUAACAAAGUCUCCGUUGUCGCUGUCGCUCAAGCUCUGUUGGGCAUGUCGCAGUCUCUUGUGCUAAGUGCCCCGACGCGCUUCUCUGAAACGUGGUUUACCAGUCAAGGGCGUGUGACGGCGACGGCUGUUAUGAGUCUUGCGAAUCCAACUGGAGCAGCGAUUGGAUCCAUUGUCGUUCCCUUGUGGACGAAUGAACCUAGCGAUAUCUCUGCUGUUGUCUUAUACGUGGCCAUAAUUUCAUCUGCCGUGGCCGUUUCUGGCUUCUUCAUCCCUGGCACGCCGCCAACUCCUCCAUCCGCGAUUAAUCAUGCAGAACGGCCCAAGGUCCUGCCCUCACUACGCAUAUUAGUUCGAUCGUUGGAAUGUUACCUGAUUAUAAUUCCCUUUUGGGUUUACACUGGUCUUUUCGUCGCCACAACGUCCCUGGUCAACCAGAUCGUCACACCUUACGGCUUUUCGGAUACUGAGGCCGGUAUUGGAGGCGGUCUACUUAUAGUUCUCGGUCUCGUCUUCUCCGCCAUAACAGCUCCCAUCAUCGACAGAACCAAGAAGUUCAUCCUCGUUAUCAAAUGCGGAGUAGUAGUUGGUGGACUAUGCUACCUCGCAUUGGUAUGGGUCCCAAGUACAAAGGAGAUCGGUGCACUAUAUGCUGUUCUCUGCUGCAUCGGCAUCUCGUCGCUCGCUAUCGUCCCUGUUGUGCUGGAAAUUCUCACCGAGUUCUCGUAUCCCGCGGGCGCCGAGAUCACUAGCACUACUGCCUGGGCUGGCGGUCAGUUACUCGGUGGGUGCUUCAUCAUUCUCGGCAACGGUAUGAAAGCAGCUGAGAGUGCUGACCCUCCUCGCAACAUGAAGGACUUUACUAUCUUUCAAGCUGUGCUUGCCAUGGCGAUGAUACCUUUGCCCCUGAUGCUGGGGAUGUUUGGACGCAGUGAUCAAGUAGCUUUGAAACGCACGAAUGUGCACCAGAAUAUGUAA